CAGUGAUGGCACAGGUGUAUCGAAUCGCUAUGUCGUUCUGAUGACAUCUCCUACACGAAAAUACCACCCGGGUUCAAAGACGACCGGGAAACGUAUGACUCAGACGGGAGGGGAUCAUGGAGUUAUUUACCAGCAGUAAACAACAUGACCGCUUUUCAGAGGAAGACGUCACACGAGAAGACAAACAUGAGCUUUUUGACCAGCUACUGAACAAAGACACCUACUCAAUUGAAGAUGCUUUAGAGAAGAUCGGCUUCGGAAAAUUUCAUAUUCUUGCGAUUAUUAUUGCUGGCAUGGCUUUUGUGGCUGAAGCUUUUGAGUUAGUUCUCAUUCCACCAGUCUCAUCAGCGUUACAGUGUCUAUGGAGACUAGAAGACACGCAAGUUGCUGCAAACACCACAGUAUUAUUUUUGGGAUUAUUCGUUUCAAGUGUGAUAUGGGGACAACUAGCAGAUGUAUAUGGAAGAAGGCCGACAGCGAUAUUGGCUCUGUCCCUGGGUGGAUAUUACGGCCUCUUGUCGUCGCUUGUGACGAGUUAUACGUGGUAUCUGAUACUUCGGUUUUUGCUCGGGGUUGCCAUGGGCGGCAUCCCUCUUGGAUUCGCUUAUAUCACAGAGUUUAUUCCCAUAGAAUACCGUGGGAAUGUGUUACUUGUAUUUUGGGCAAGUUACAGUACAGGUGCUUUGUUACAAGCUGUAUUAGACUACGUGGUAAUGCCAACGCUGGGUUGGAGAUGGUUACUCGUUAUAUCAAGUUUCCCGUUUAUCAUUGCUGCUCUUGGAUUACUGCAAAAUUACAGAGGAAGAGAGGGGGAAAAAAAGUCUGGAGAUCAAAACAGAAAAAGUGCAGUUAUACUUCACAGCCUCACUAUGGAGCUGAGAAAAUACAGCAUCCCUAGCAUAACUUGGUUGGAGUUAGAAGCAGAGAUAUGCAAAUAA